AUAGCAGGGUUGUUUGCCGCUCGUAUUUGUGCAGAUGACUUCACCGAAGUUAUUAUCGUCGACCCAGAGGCAUUCAAGUCCCUGGACAGCGAGAACUCGAAAGGCAGCACCGGAUCUGCUGAUCACAGUAUCAGCUCUACUGGUCGUUCGCGGGUAUAUCAGUACCUAUCCUUACAUGCCUAUCAACCUUUUAGUCUUCUGGUUCUGCGAAAACUGUUCCCGGAUUUUAAUCAACAAUUAUCGGCUGUAGGGGGAUUCGCUGCAUCUGAUCCUCAAUUCCACACCUCUGGACGCCCGAUCCCUGCUCCAAAGAAAGUUCAGUUUGAGGCUAUGGCUUUGAGUAGAGAUAUCUAUGAACCACUCUUGCGCCGCCUCGUCUUGUGCCGCUUUUCAAAUAUCAAGCAAAUUACCGGUUCUGUAAUAGCCGUGCAACCUACUACGGACAACUGGGAACGUUUAGGAUCCGUCUCUGUCCAAUCCGGUGACGUUACGACAACUUAUGGUGCUGCACUUGUCAUUGAUUGCAGUGGACGCGCGUCCAGUGGCUAUCGAUGGUUCAAGGAUACACCAGUGGAUACCAAACAAAGUGAUACUCCUUCAGGUUAUUUACCGUAUGCAGAUCUCGCUCUCUCCUACGACCAUAAGCUUGGAUCGGCUACCUGCGAAUUCAUUGUUCCUGCCAACUUUUUGGAGACCAUUGGUUGUCCUAUCGAUCGCUCAUCCUCAAACCUCUAUGUGAGCAUACCAGAUUACAAACAAGACGGCAGGGCUAUUGUCAUUGCAUUACGUGAACACAACCGGCUCCAGAUCUCUUUCGGAGGUUACGAUAUUCGUGAGAAGAUGACUACAGUUGGAGAUGUUAGAACUUUUUUCUCGGAAAUGGUUCUACAUGAACCGCUCCCAGAGUGGGUGUCCAAUUUGCUGGAUGAGGUAGAAGAAAAACAAUAUCCUCCAUCUAUAUGGACAUGGCGUGUCCCGCCUUCAACAUACAUCCAGUAUCAUCGCGCGGCCAAAUUACCCUGUAACUUUAUUGCUAUAGGAGAUUCUGUACUUACCUUGAAUCCAGUGCCAGGGCAAGGCUGCACUAAGGCUUGCAUUGAGGCUGUCACGCUGAAUAGUUUGCUGAAGUCCGUGCGGGAAGUGGAUGCCAUUGGCAAUAUUGUUAUCCCGUCUGGUUUCAGUAACAAGUUCUUCCGAUCUCAACUAUACCGCACAGGUCGCUUAUGGGACUCGAAUCGGGCCUCAGACUAUGGGUACGAGACUGUAGUUCCUGUGAAGGGUGAUGAUCAUUCUUUUGGCAAAGAUCAGAGAGAAUUUAUUCACGGGAAGCUUCUUCCAAUGAUUAUCACGGAUGACGAGACCUCAACAAUAUUCUGGGCUGUUAGCGCAUUCUUGGAGGCCCCAACUGAGAUGAUGUUCCCGUCCUUUUUGUUUAAAGUCUGGUGGAACUCCACGAAAGCCCGGCUUUUUUCAAGCUGAAAACUCAAUCCAUGGACUUUGGCCUAUCGCUUCUUAGUAUACUAGCUUGUUAAAGUACCUCACCUCUCCGUAGAUAUAGUACACUAAAUUUAUCUAGUCGAAUACAUGCAAUUGC